AUGGCCAAGGAUGUCAAGAAAGAAACUUCCGAGACAUCAACCUCCAGUGAUCCCUUAUCAUCCUCUCUUGCUCAGGAAAUGGCCCGAAUUAGUCUCACGACACGAAAACGUAGGAUUUUGCGGUUGUUUUUGGAAGAAGCUAUGAGCGCUAUUGCUUGCUUUUUCAUUACAGUUUGUUGCUUAGUAGCCAAACAUAGAAGGGAUAGACCCCGUAUCCAAUAUUCGUGUUCAAAUAUGGAUCGAUCUAAAAUAUUGGAUAGGUAUGCCUACGAUAGUGACACCAUGUGCAUAUCACAACUUAGGAUGGAYAKAAGGUCUUUCAAGAAGUUAUGUGAUAUGCUUGAAAGAUUAGGAGGAUUACGAGCAACUAGGAAUAUGGAUAUCGAUGAACAAGUUGCCAUUUUCCUUCACAUGGUUGCUCAUAAUGUUAAGAAUAGGGUUGUCACAUGYCGUUUUCAUYGUUCRGGAGAAACAAUUAGUAGGUUGUUUACUCGAGUUUGCAAUGCGGUUAAUAGAUUGCACCYACAUUUACUUAAGAAACCCGAACCUGUUCGUGAGGACUCUACUGAUCGAAGAUGGAAAUGGUUCAAGAAUUGUCUAGGUGCUUUAGAUGGAACAUACAUAAAGUGCCUAGUGCCACUUGAAGACAAGCCUAGAUACAUAACACGAAAGAAUGAUAUCGCCACAAACGUGUUAGGGGUGUGUUCACAAGAUAYGCAGUUUAUCUAUGUCUUGGCAGGAUGGGAGGGGUCAGCCGCUGAUAGUAGGGUUCUUCGAGAUGCUCUUCUUAGGCCCAAUGGGUUGAAGGUGCCAAAGYCGUAUUAUUACUUGGUAGAUGGUGGGUAUACAAAUGGAGAGGGUUUUCUUGCCCCUUAUAGAGGUCAAAGGUAUCAUUUAAAUGAGUGGCGUGAUGGACACCAACCAACUACGCCAAAAGAAUUUUUCAACAUGAGACUUUCUUCUGCAAGAAAUGUUAUAGAACGAUGCUUCGGUAUUUUGAAAGCAAGGUGGGGAAUUUUAAAAGAUAAUUCAUACUACCCUGUUGAACUCAAAGUUAAGGUCAUAAUAGCAUGUUGUCUUCUUCAUAAUUUUAUAAGACAAGAAAUGCCAAUUGAUCCGUUUGAAAACAUACCUUGCUCGAAUGAAACCGAAGACAAUGAAAACCAAGAUAAUAUCACUUUCGUAGGUGCAUCUACCGAGUGGACUGAAUUUAGAAAUAAUUUGGCUCAAAGUAUGUUUAAUGAUUGGAAUGCUUCUACUUAA